CACAACAUAAUGUCUUUUUUUUUUUGUUUGUAUUUUUUUUUUUUAAAUGUAGUAAAAACCUGACUCCUAUUACAAUAAGAGGGGUUACUCUAAAGAAGUCUGUGUAAACUCAUAAAUUCAGUGGUCUCCAGUGACUUCAAGGUUGGAGCUGGCACCGCUUCAUGUCAGAGUGGCAGUUCAGCGGUUGCACACAGCCACUUUGCAUCUCCUAAUAAUAGACCAGUCUAAAUCCUCUUAACUUCAAACCGCAUAAGUUGCUUUCCCCAUGUGUCGUCUUUGCAAAAACAUGCGAGGCCGUGUGGGACGAGGCAGCGAGAACGUUCAAGAUGCGGGAGCUCGAUGGGCUCUCUUGUGCCUCGAUUUUCCAGAUGGGCGAAUUUAAGUGUUCUUAGUUCAACAGCUGUUUCCCAGUACGCCUCAGGAUUUAUCCGCCCAUGGGUGACCUGGAAGGUCUGGUCAGCUUGGUGGCCAACACAGCCUACCUGGGAGCUCUGGAGCCCGAUAGCAACGAGCUAAGAAUGCGGCGAGUGUCUCUGACGCUGCCCACGCCAAAGAAGUCCUCUGCUCCUCGGGCAGCACUGGAGAAGACCUAUGAGUCACUUUGUGAGCAGCAGCCUAUAGGAAGGAAGUUGUUUCAGCAGUUUCUCCUGACCUCUGACUCUCAGUGUGUGGCUGUUGCUGAGUUUCUGGAGGAGCUGAGCAACUGGAGCGUCGCCGAGGACGGAACCAAGGAAAAGGCCAAACAGAGGAUACUGUCAAAGUUUUGUCAGCCUCAGUCUCAGACUUUCCUCUCCUUCCUCACAGCGGAGGACGUCAAGGCGUGCCUGUCUCUUUUCAACAAAAACGACGAGGCAGCCGUGGAGCAGAUGAGAGAAGCGACUAGAAAAUUUCUGAAAGGAAAACCUUUCCUGGAGUACAUGAAAAGCCCCUUCUUUUACCGAUUCCUGCAGUGGAAGGAGUGCGAGAGGCAGAAGAUUACUGACAGAUACUUUUACGAGUUCAGGAGUUUGGGCAGAGGUGGCUUUGGCGAGGUGUGUGCGGUCCAGGUCAAGCACACAGGUCAGAUGUACGCCUGCAAGAAGCUGGACAAGAAGCGUCUGAAGAAGAAAGGAGGAGAGAGGCUGGCCCUUACGGAGAAGCAGAUCCUGGAGAAGGUCAACAGCGCCUUCAUUGUGAACCUGGCCUACGCUUACCAAAGCAAAACCCACCUGUGUCUGGUCAUGACCCUUAUGUCAGGAGGAGACCUCAGGUUCCACAUCUACGAGUUGGGCAGGAGAGGCAUCCGCAUGGAGCGUGUCGUUUACUACGCAGCCCAGAUUGUUUCCGGUAUCCUCCACCUGCACUCUAUGGACAUCGUGUAUCGAGAUCUGAAGCCUGAGAACGUUCUGCUGGAUGCGAAGGGCCAGUGCCGACUGUCAGACCUGGGACUGGCCGUGGAGCUGCCAAAAGGAAAAAUGACUUGCCAGAGGGCUGGUACGACCGGCUACAUGGCUCCAGAGAUCCUGAAGCAGGAGUACUACCGCACGUCUGUGGACUGGUGGGCUCUGGGCUGCAGCAUUUAUGAGAUGGUGGCUGGUCGUUUGCCUUUUAAAGACUUCAGGGAAAAGGUGCAGAACAGCGAGGUGACUCGUCGAACUCUGGAGGAUGAUUGCAAGUUUGAAGACAAAAGCUUUGACGGUCCGGCCAAAGAUAUCAUCAACCACUUUCUCAAGAAGAAGGUUCUGUUUCGCCUUGGGUGCCGUAGAGACGACGACCCGAGGACUCACACGUUUUUCAAGAAUAUCAAUUUCCACCGUCUGGAGGCAGGGCUGGUGGAGCCCCCCUGGGUGCCAAAACCUACUGUGGUCUACUCCAAGGACUCUGAAGACUUUAGGGACAACUCUGAGAUCAAGGAUGUCAAGUUCGACGCUAAGGACGAGAAGUUCUUCAAGGAGUUCAGCACUGGCGCAGUCUCCGUCUGCUGGCAGAGGGAAAUAAUCGACAGUGGAGUAUUUGACGAAGUGAAUAAUCCUGGGGUGAACGGACAUGGCCAAGAGAAUGUGUGGACGUCCAGGAUGUGCAUCAUUUUGUGAGAUUCUGGAUGUCUUUACUUGAAAAAUUAAAUUCACUCGCUGUUAGUGCUACGUGUUAAAUUAAGCUGCUCGGAGACAUUUUAGGCACUUGCCUUUUUUCUUCAAAUCAAUGCAUUUCUUUUCUACUGUAGUGCUUAGAAAGCUUUAUAUAACAAAAAGUCUGGUAGUAAUGCUGCCAGGGCCAAACACAACAAAACAUUAUUCACAAAAAUAAAGUCAAACAAAAGGGCUCGGCCGCUUCAAACUUUGCCCUUCUAUUCCUGAUUAGACAGUCCGUCCCAGUGGAUUCACAGUUUCCAUUACAUCAUGCAUCCAUUUCAGCAGGCAAUUGUUCGCAUAUGUUUGUAAACAAGCUGCGUAAUGGUUGCUCGUAAAUCUUGUAAUUCUUAUAAUCAACAAUGUGCCAAAAACCUUUUGGGGCCUUUUGGUUGUGACAAGGCAAAGUCAUACGCAGUGUAACUGACGUAAAUCCUCUCAAUGACAGAUAUUCACCACUAAGUGUCGCCAAACACCAACAAAGUGCAUGAAGACUCAUCAUCGCCUCUCAGCAACAAAAUUACCUUGGCUGUGUUGGUGUGGUAUUUAUGAGGAUGUAGUCAUUUUUAAUAAUGAAUCCAGACAAAAAGAAACUUUGUCCACACACUUUGUUUUUCCGCCUAGAAAAAAAAGGCAAUUAAAAGUCAGUGCCAAUCUCCUAUUAGAGGAGAAUGUUUUAUUUAGCCUUCAUGGUUACUAAGUGGAGACAUAGUUUCCCAAUAUCCAAGAAAGCUACUUUAUUCAUUAUGUGAUUAAUAUAACACAUUUAGCAAACAGUUUUAAUAGCUUGUCCUGGGUUUGGUAUACUUUUUAAUCAGUCAGUAGUGAAAAAUUGCUUUGCCCUAAGUUAAGUAAGCCACAAUUUUAGCAAGCAAAUUUAAACUCCUUAUGCGAGCUAAAAAUUCAAAAAUGUUACCCACAUGUUUAGAAAUAGUUUCAUCUGUUAAAAUAAACUGCUAGAUAACAAUGCUUACUCUUUCUUACCAUUAAACCGCUGACCGCAACAUAUAAAUAUUAAACACAUUAUCCAUCAUUUUGUAGAUUGUAAUAGAGGUAAAUGUUCUGUGUGACAGCACUGUCACUGUGUGGCCCUCGUGUAAAAAUGUGAAAUCAGUAUCAAUAUUUUGAUAGUUAGCUAUUUUAAAUAUCAGCCUUGAGAAAUUAUUUUAAAAAUGUAAUACAUUCACCUGUAUAUUUGAAAUGUUCGCUAAAAUAUUGACUAUUUCUGUCUCAGCGAGCUAACAAAUUAAGUCUGUAUCAAAGGUUUUGUGACUAAUCAUUAAGAGCAGGGUCCUGAAAGGUUUCGAUGUGAUCGUAGUCCCGUACAUCCCAAUUACACAGCUGAUUAUAGCUAUAUACAGACUAUCUGCUAUCACUAGUCUUUAGGCAGAUGUUUUUAUUUUACAGAAAAAGAAUUACACCAACAAUUUGAUUCAACAGCCCAAUAUUCUGUCUUUUCUAAAUACACCUAAGCAACUUACAUUUCGCUGUGGAAAUCAAUGACGCACCUCUGUUUUAGAUUACUUUGAAAAAUAUGGAAACUAUUUGUUAAAAGAAAAAAAAAAGUGGAAUCCCUUUUAAAUCCAGUGAGCUAAAUUUAAAAUUCAGAGCAACAGGAAAUGAAAUGGGAAGCUUGAGACAGAGAAACAUUUAGGUAGAUUCAAGGACAUCUAGAAUGUUUUCUUGGUGUCAUCCCAAUGAAACCGGUUGCAGUAAAUGCACAAGGUGGCAUUGAAACAGUAGACAUGCUUCUCAUUCAGUCAGGUGGAAAUAAGAUUUGAAGUCAGUCCUGGACAGCUGAUCUGUCUGCUGCUGUACCAGAAUGUUGGGACCUGACUAAUGAAGACCAUAGUGCAAUAAAAAAAAGAUGUGUAGCAAGCUACUUCUUAUUAUGAUAUGUGAUUCCGUAACUUUCUACUUCACUAAACUUGAAAACAUUAUUAAUCACAACAGAGAUAUUUAAUUUUAAGUUAUGUUACACAAAGCCAUCAUUGUUACCUGGGUAAGUUUUGUGCCUUAUCUGAAAUGUUUAAACAUCCUUUUAGAGGAGGGAUGACACUUUUUCGUUGCCAGGAAUUGCUUUGUAUGCCAUCCAUCCAUCCAUCCAUUUUCUGAACACCCUUGUCCCUCAGUGGGGUCGGGAGGGGUGCUGGUGCCUAUC